AUGAGUUCGGCGUAUUUGCAGUACAAUCCAUCUAUGAUGUACGGCGGCGGCCUGGAGUCGUCUUAUAAUCAUUAUGGAAUGACGGCCAGUGCGCAGUGUUAUGGCUAUGCAACCGAUGGAACUUCCUCAGAAGGCUAUCAUAGUCCAGGUCCAGAACCAAGUCCAGAAUCCUACUAUCCAGCACCUGAAGAGUGUAGUACAGUAGGGUAUAACUACAGUUACAAUGCAUCUAGUUCUUCGGUAAACGGUUUUGCUGAUCCAUACUACAACUACACGGGGAGCAGCUUUAAAACGGCCAGCCCAACGAUCCCGAAGCUGAUUCCUGACAGUUAUACUCAAUCCAACAGCACCGGAUCGAGAUUUUCUCCCGAUUUUAAACCGGAUAAGGUCCCAUGUUUCGAUCGGCUCUACAGUCCUUACCCUAUCCUAUCGCGAAACGGCCGUGGUUUGACAUCCACUAUACAAUCCAGUUCACCUACCCCGAGUAUUCUGAGCACCAGCAGCAGUAGCGGCUCGACAUGUCCUGUCUCGAUAGGAUCAACCGGUGGGUGUCUGCAGCCGGAGAUCGUGAAAAAACGCCGCUUGGCGGCGAAUGCACGUGAACGGAGAAGGAUGAACAGUUUAAACGAUGCAUUUGAUCGCCUUCGGGACGUAGUGCCUUCACUGGGCAACGAUCGGAAGCUGUCCAAGUUUGAGACACUUCAGAUGGCACAGACAUACAUCGCGGCGCUUAAUGAACUCCUUUCGAGGAAUUAA